AAGUCCCAGCACCUGUACAUUCAACUGCCUACUGGCUCCUUCCACCAUCAAAUUCAGAGCCAGGAUGGACCGGGACCAUAAGAACGCAUCCGAGGAUCUUCAAGGUGAGUCCCGCUUCAAGUUCUAUGACCAGAAAUGGAACAAGUCCUUCCUCAUUGUGUAUCCUAAGCUCACCCGCGGCAUCUUCUUUCUUCGCACAUCCGCGACUCCAAACAAGCCUAACUUACCUGGUAAACUGACAACCAUCCCUCGUUCGACAGAAAGGAAAAACAUCCUCAUCGCCGAAAUCAUGACCGCCUUCCGCGACCUGGUGACGCACGCAGCAGCCAAAGUCGACAGCACUGCCUCAACAGGACAGGCCGCCUACAGCAGCAUGGCGCUCGAAUUCACAAUGAGCAGCCUGAUAAAAUCAACCGAAGACCUCCUCUCCCUAACCCGGCGACUCCGCGAGCUAUGGGUGGUUGGGCCCCUACGAGCUCCAGGGGAAGGGGACGAGCAAGCCGAAGCAACGAUGCGCCACGACGCUGACACAGUGCUGGCCAUGCUCAACGCGCUGCGGGACGGCGAGCGCCAGCGGUUGCUGGCACAGGCGGCUGGGGACACGGGGUGUUUGACGCUGGAGAGGGG